UGUCACUGUCGGGAGCGUUGGAGACGGAUGAAGGGGUGUUGAUAGAUGGACAGCAGGACAGAAGGAUAUAAGACAGGAAGAGAAGCUGCGUCAUGUCUACUCACAGUUACACUCACUGAGAGUUAGCGCAACUAUCCCCGUCUCUGUUCCCGGGCUUCGUGUCGUGUCGCUUCGCCUUUUUCUGCAAAGUUAUGGAGAGCAGAACACAUCAGGUCUGAGUGUUCCAGCUGUCCGCGUGCCGACGUUCUUCUGAACAGUCCUUCAGUUUCCCAGAGUAGCUCCGGAGGAACGUUUUGUCUCAGCCUUGGAGGGCCCCCAUCAUCAUGGUGAACAGCCAAGCGUCAGGCGUGCCGUCGGCCCCCAGGUCGUGUGCAGGGUGCGGGGGAAAGAUCGCCGACCGCUUCCUGCUCUUCUCCAUGGAGCGCUACUGGCACACUCGCUGCCUCAAGUGCUCUUGCUGCCAGGCCCAGCUGGGAGACAUCGGCACCUCCUGCUACAGCAAAGGGGGCAUGAUUCUGUGUCGGAGUGACUACAUCAGACUGUUUGGGCACAGCGGGGUGUGCAGCGCCUGCGGACAGUCGAUCCCCGCCAACGAGAUGGUGAUGAGGGCACAGGGAAACGCUUACCACCUGAAGUGUUUCAGCUGUGCCACCUGUAGGACCAGACUAAUGCCUGGCGAUCGCUUCCAUUACAUCAACGGUACAAUCUUCUGUGAACACGACAGACCUGGCGCCGUGUUGCUCAACAGCCACCUGCUCCCCCUCCAGAGCAGCUCUGUGCUGACAGACCAGAAGGUAUGCUGAGGUGCCUGCUUCUCCAUGUUGUUGUGAUUUCUCCUCACGGCCCCCCUCUUCCCCAGGAGGGAGGACACCGUUGCUUACAAGAUCCCGGUCCGUCACCACAUCGGAAACUACAUCACAUUUAUGUCGUGUUCAAUGUUGUCUGUGCAUCAUGCAAAGACUGUGUGAUUUGCACUGGCAAAAGGCUUCUUUGGGACUGAAAGAAAGCCAAAGGAAAGCGAUAAGGAUGAAAGCCUGCGCCAACUGGAAGAGGGAAUAAGAGACGCUUGAAUGAACAUUCGAUGGACUGCUGUAAAAUGACUGUCAAAGCUUUGCUUAUGCCAUGUGGCAAAUAUUUCCCCUGAGCGUCAGUGUUUCAAAUGAACUUGAUCUUUCUCUUGUAUAAAUUAAUCUGAGAUCUCACACUCUGCGGAUUGAAUAUAAUAUGUAUGGGUGUUAGGUCAAAAUGUUCAGUCAUAAAAAACCUUGUAAUAAGAUUUUAAACUAUUUCAGAGGUAAGAUUCAAACUUUAAAAAAAUCUAAUGUUGCUGUAUGAUGAACAAACUGAAUGAACCAGUGAUGGGUUUUUUUCUUUAUCAGAUGUCUGUUCAAUGUGGAAAAACAAUUGUGCCGUUUUAAACAAAAAUCCUAUUAAAGCGGUUUUUCUGUAACAUGUCAAAAACAAGCUGAGGUCAUUUUGAAGCCCCUGAGCGGCAUUACAGAGACAUCGUAUUGCAUGGUACGUAACACGCUGCAAGUGACUGUCUCUCACUCUCCUUAGCCCUGUAUGGUGAAAACAUGCCUGAUUACCCUGAGGAAUGGAAUUAGGGGGCUUGAGCUCUGACCAUUUACAGAAGCAAUUAAACAUGAGCCCUGUAUCUGCUGCUGGAGCUCCUGGGAGGCUGAACUCGGGGCACAGCCCGCGGCUGACUGGCUGCCUCUAAUAAGGCCUAAUCUGAAAGCAGGCUAAUUAAAGGGGAGUGGCCCCUCUACAUUCAGGGCAUUUGAAACAAUCUGAUGUAUUUAUUGUUUACCAUGUUCUAAUUAAAGCUCCAACACAUGCU